AUGCUCCAACAGCCUGACCUUCGUGCUUAUUUGAGAUCUUUGCAAGAAUUAGAAACUCAAAAUAAACUUGACUGGUACUGGUCUGAUUUUACAAUUUUAAAAAGUACAGACCAGGCAACUUUUAAUGACUGUGUCAGGUUUUGGAAAAAGGUUUUAAUUGAAACAAGUAAUCACGGUUUGCUUGGUGAAAAUGUAAUAUGUUUAGAAACAAGUGAACAUUUGGAAGAAAAUUUUCAAAAUAAAGGGUAUAGCCCGUUAAGCUUGCCUUGUGUCAUUCAAGAAAUGUACAUGACCAAUGAACUAAUACCUGUUGAUGAGUUUAUUUCUACACAAAAUCGAUCCUGGACUGGUUGGAUAAUUUCGAAAUAUAUAUUACACCCAAUUUAUUGGGGAAUUCAAAAAUUGAUUAGUUCUAGAAAUUAUUAUUCAUCAAAAUGGGUUAAGAUGGAUACAUUAAAAGAAGCAGCUUGUCGAGUCAUCCAACAUCAAGAGAAACAUGGAAUUAAUGGGGUUACCGACAAUCUCUUUACUUUAUCAUCAUUCAAAGCUGAAUUUGCAGCCAUAGCAAUGCCAAAGGUUACAUUAUCAGAUUUCGAUCUAAAGAUUUUGAUUACAUAUUUGGAGUCUGAACGUAAAAUUUUGAUAACAGAUUCCUUGCAUAAGGAGGUUAAUAGAAAAGAAAAUGACAUGAUCAUAAAAUUCAGAGCGAGAAAUGUCAAUGUUUAUACCAAAUUUGAAAUUACUUCGAUUGAUCGUGGGAUCAUUUAUAUCAAGGAAACAUGUAAUAAAUUGCAUCAGCAAAUUCAUGACAUAGAAGAGCGGAUAAAAGAAAUAUCAACCAAAAUUCGCAAUCAUAUUAUUCAAAAACAAAGUGUUAUGGCGAAACAUCGUUUGCGACAAAAAAUGCACCUCGAAAAAGUUUUAUCAAAGAGGGUUGGAUCUUUAGAAACUGUUGAGGGGAUUCUUCUAAAGAUUCAAGGAGCAGCAACAGAUGCGGAACAAGAAAUAGAUGAGGCCAUGAAGCUAGGAAAUGAAUCCUUACUUGAUACAACUAUUGUCCAAGACGAUGAAUUAGAAAAGGAAUUGGAAGAUUU